GAAGAGGGAGCAACGGAACGCGAGAGCCAGCGCGCCGGUCCUUCGAAUCUAGUGGCGCUACUGCGACCAUGUUUUCUUGCUGCCAGCGGCCGCUCGUGGGGAGAGGCCCGGUGGCGUCAGAAGUAGUUUUGCACCCUCACAUGGCACGACAGUGCGCGUUUCUGUCCGCCGCUAUGAACCUUGCUCUUUCAGACGUGGCUCUUCGUCAAGGCCCGAUUUCCACGGCAGUCGCGUGCGCCGCAGCUUCUCGGUCCGCAGAUCUGUGGGGACAUGCCCGACCCAACCUUUGCUCCAGUGCGGUUGAGGUCGCAGGUGACCGAUGGAGUCGGCUGCAGACGUCUUUUGAGUCCUCGUUAAUUCGCCGGGUUGCACCAAAUUAAGUGUGGGACAGCGGCUAAGCCAGGUUUUCCGCUGCCGCGUGGCAUUUCAGAUCGGCAUGCCAGUGGUUAGUAAGGUAUUUUGACUCCUCCUGCGUGCCCAAGGCGGCCGGCCGUCCCCUGGGUGGUCCCCAUCCGGUGCCCCGAGCUCUUCAGUCCAGGGCACCGACAGCUCGAGCGACGAUUGCCGAAUGCUCGAGCUCCGAUCGCCGGCCGCUGGCGACAGCCGAGCCGCGCUCGUCACCCACGGCGCGGACUCAGUUCUCCGGCAGCGCGUCAGAAGUGACCCUCCGCCGGGGGUGGCCUUCCGGUCCCAGAGCUCCGACGAGCUGCUCUCCUUAUGCAAUCUGGCGCUCGUCCCUCCACGGCUCAUUGUGCUCUCCCCGCUCCUCUUGCACGGCGGCACCACUCGCUCUAGCGGCAUCCCCGUUUUGGGCACCCCGUCGCCAGCGCAGACGUCCUUUGCCUCACCGCCGAAGCAAAAGUGCGCGGUUGUGAGUGACUGUGUGUGACCUGCCGUGGUGUUUUGCGGACGGUGCCGACCGCGCCAGUGGUCGGGCCAGCUCCGAGCGUGGCCCUGGCCGGGCGUCGCAGUCGUCCCCGCGCAGCAGAGGCAGGCCGGGAAGAGCCGGCGGCGGCGGGCGGUUGCCAUCUCGCAGCCUCGGCCUGCUCGCUCACAGCUCACAGCGUUGCACGUCAGCGGUGCGUGGCGCAUUUUUGGGUCACGUUGCGCGCCGUCUCCCAGCUGGAGCUGGCCAAGCGCGUGCGCACAUCAGCGGUGGGCCAUGCGCCGAAUGCUCAAGCCGCCGCCGAACGCCAUGGAUGCUCGAAGCCUGGCCACGUGGGGCCUGCCACCCAUGGAAGGGUUCGAUGUCACGCGAUUGCGUCUCGAUCCACCGUGGCCAGCUGGAGCUGCCUUCCUUCUGCCUCGUCCGCUGCUCCUACAGUCGUGGUUCUGAAGAAGGAACCCUUUUCGUUGUGG